AAUAGUUUUAAUCGCAUAGCUGAAGCAACUACGUGAUUCCCAUACUGCUGGAAAAACGUUUAUUUGACAAUAAUUGUAGGCGACGUAGGCGUAUUUAAUCUAAUCUAGGUAUUGUAAGAUAAAAACAUAGAGUAUUUUAUCCAGAUCGAAAUACACAAACAACAUAAUUUUGAUAUUGUUUUGAAUAGAAACAGUUUAAAAAUAAAAACAGGUAUCGCUUAUGAACCGUUUUCGGAACGGUCUUUUCGAUACUUGGUUGAUAGCAAGUACUGUUACAAGAUCCGUUGAUAGCCGGAGAUUGCGCAGAAAAUACGUUCGUUCCAACCCAUCAAAAAACGAACGACUCUGCUUCAAUAGGCAUUUAUUAUGAGGAUUAUGAUGUUCUAAAAUAUCAUAAACAGUUUAUCACUGGGAAUCAACUAAUCAGGGGUGGAAAACAGCUUUCGCAUUUCGAGGACGCCACAAAAUUAUAUUUUUUUCUAAAUUAAUAUAUACGAAUCCAAAAUGGGUAAUCUGUGUUGUAAUUCAACAAAAAAAGAUUCUUCUGAAAUUUUAACUAAUGAAGUCCCAAAAUAUACCGAAGAAAAAAGGAUUUCCAGAAAUCUUAGAAGAAUUUCGAAUCCGCCAAAUGAUAUAUUACCUACACAUACAAACUACGGAGAUCAUAAAGAUAUUGAUUCACCAAAUAUUAUACCUGGUAAAUCUACAGACCAAAAAACAAAUAUCAAAGAUCGGAAUAGUGUCACGUCACCAAGAGUCAGUGUGCAUAUGAAACAAAAUGGAAAUCAAAAUAGUAUCAAGUCAGAACAAAAUACAAACUACAAAGUUAGUAAUAAAACUCCUGGAGGAAGUAACAAAGAAAUUAAUAUCGUAGAUGGUUCUAAACCUACAGCAAUAAUAAGAAAGCCCACAACUGUUUUUGAAAAUGUUUCAGUUUCAGUGAAAGAUUCAGUAUCUGAACCUGACUAUAGUUAUAGAGGCGAAAAAGUUAAAGUUAACGAUAUUGUAGAUGAAUUAAUCAAUUUUAGUUAUGUGAGGUGUAAUAGAAAUGUUCUAUAUGAAAAAAACUCAUAUGAAUUGGAAAAAUUGGACUACAACUCACAGGAAUACUACCAAAUGGCAGUAUUGUUUUAUGAAACAAAUAAAAACAAACACUUCUUCAAGAUACAUAGCAUAGAAAAAGUACACAACCCUUAUUUGGCAUUGCAAUAUGAACUUAACAAAAUACAACUUUAUGAAAAAAAUAUACAGUUUAAAGAAGUUUUAAUGUUCCAUGGGACAAAAAAAAGCAACAUUGAUAGUAUUUGUCAAAAGAAUUUUGAUUGGAGAUUAAGUGGUACCUCAACGGGAUGCAAAUUCGGUGAAGGAGUAUCAUUCUCACCAAUAGCUUAUUACGCGACACAUUACGGCGAUACUACUUACAAUAAGGUGAUGAUAGCCGCACAUGUUUUAGUAGGGGAAUGUUGCGAAGGGUACAAGAAUAUGUUAGUACCACAUUUGGGGUGUGAUACAAGUGUGAAUAGCAAAAAAGAAGUAUUCGUAAAAUUCGACGAUAACACUUUUUAUCCAGCAUAUCUAAUACAUUAUCGCGGAAUCGAUGAAGCAGCUCUAAAAAAGAGAUCCGGGAAGAAGUUUUGAUUCACGACACCAUGAUUUGGGAUAAAAUAUAAUGUUUUUCAAUCUAAUGACAUAAUUUUUAUAUUAUAAAUUAUAUUAUUUCAUGAAAUAUAUUUUUUAAAAC